AAACGUGACUAACCUAGAGACCGUAUCAGAAUCCCUUACCCAUUUCUGUGACUGACUCCGUUGCUCCGCGCCGCGUGCUCUCUCUCUCAGGUUCCUCCCAAGCAACCUCCUCUUUGCACCAAUUUUGCUUUCACGUCCUUUCAAUCAUGGCUGAUGAAAAUAAUGAGAUGAAGGAAGAGGUGAAGGAUGAGCAAGAACUCGCACCCUUUGAUCCAACCAAGAAGAAGAAGAAGAAGAAAGUUGUCCUUCAGGAUCCUAUCGAGGACUCAACAGAGUCUCAAGCGGAGAAAUCUGACUCAUUGCCUGCUAGUGAUGGUCUUGAGAGUUCUUUUGCUGGACUGAAGAAAAAGAAAAAGAAGCCAGUUGAAUCAAGCUCAUUGAAUGACGAAAGUCUCGAUGCUCCCGAAGAUUUGGAUGAGCAUGCUAAUGACGACGGAGAAGGAGAGGGAAUAGAUCUGCAGCAGCAGCGUUACCCCUGGGAGGGAAGUGAUAGAGAUUACAUGUAUGACGAGCUUCUUGGUCGAGUCUUUAACAUACUCCGUGAAAAUAAUCCGGAGCUUGCUGGAGAUAGGCGUCGUACAGUUAUGAGGCCUCCUCAAGUUCUUCGUGAGGGGACAAAGAAGACUGUGUUUGUCAACUUUAUGGACCUUUGCAAGACGAUGCAUCGUCAACCAGAUCAUGUUAUGAAUUUCUUGCUUGCUGAGUUGGGUACUAGUGGUUCCCUUGAUGGGCAGCAAAGGCUGGUUGUUAAGGGGAGGUUUGCACCCAAGAACUUUGAAGGGAUUUUGCGGCGAUAUGUCAAUGAGUACGUCAUUUGCUUUGGUUGCAAGAGCCCAGACACAAUUCUUUCAAAGGAGAACCGUCUCUUCUUUCUCAGAUGCGAAAAGUGUGGAUCUGGACGAUCUGUGGCGCAGAUCAAAGCUGGUUUUGUUGCCCGUGUUGGCCGCAGGAAGACUUGAGAAAAUGGUCGGUGAAGUCAGUGGUCUUUUGUUUUGGGAAACUGAAGAGUUAUGGAGUUGAGAUACUUGUGUUGUUUUAUUUCUGUUUUGGAAUAUGAUAAAGAAUCUCCAGAUUAUUACUUCAACUCAAAGAUGGAAUAGGAUCAAAACCUUUUACAUGUGUUAGAUUCAUGUUGUUAACUUUAAAGGUCGAAUCAGUAAAUCCAUGGAGUUUUUUUGGUG